UGCGUGUAUACCUAAGAUAUGUGUAGAUUCCAAAAUCAGAAGCCCCUUGAUUGAUUCCAGUGGGGUUCCCAGCAUCCAUAUUGAAUGCAGAUACCGCGUUGUUGCAAGUAUGGGUUAGUUUGUUGAAUGAAGCCAUAGAAUGCGAAAAAACAAGUAAAGCGAGACACACGCCAAUCUUUCAGCAUCCACUACUACAUUAACCGAUUUAACCACCCUCGCGUCGCAUCGCAUCCAUUUUGGAAGCCGCCCUCAGAAUUUUCUAUUCCCGGUCUUCUCCUCGUCAAUUAAAAUACUUAUAUUCUAUGUUUUCAAUCCAUCAAUCACAAUUCUAAACCUUCUGAUCUCAAUUCUCCAUCUCAAUUUCUCUGAUCAUCUUUUUCUUCUCCAGACUCCAGUGCGGUUGGAUCUAGUUAUGGCAAGUUCUGAAUCUGCUUCCAAUGACCCUUUGAAAGAAUUCUACAUCCCUGAUUACAUAUUUUUUCCUAGCUCAAAGGCUGAUCCGCUUUCUGGAGUACCAACAUGCCCGGUAAUAGUUUUCAUCAACUCCAAAAGUGGUGGUCAGUUGGGUGGGGAUCUUCUAGUCACAUACCGUUCACUUCUAAAUAAAAACCAGGUUUACGACUUGAGCAACGAGAGCCCUGACAAUGUGCUACGCAAUUUAUAUAUCACUUUGGAGAAGCUCAAGCUUAGUGGAGACAAACUGGCCAUAAACAUCCAUGAGAAACUGAGAUUAAUUGUUGCAGGAGGAGAUGGCACCGCUGGCUGGCUUCUCAGUGUUGUUUGUGAUUUAAAGUUAUCCCACCCGCCACCUAUUGCAACAGUGCCCCUAGGAACUGGGAACAAUCUUCCAUUUGCAUUUGGUUGGGGAAAGAAGAAUCCUGGAACAGACAGCGAGUCUGUCAUCUCAUUCUUGAAUAAGGUGAAGAAAGCAGACGAAAUGAAGAUAGACAGCUGGCACAUUAUUUUGAGGAUGAAAGUCCCAAAAGAAGGCGACUGUGAGCCCAUUGCUCCUCUGGAAUUGCCACAUUCUUUGCAUGCAUUUCAUCGUGUAGCUGCAUCAGAUGAACUCAACAAGGAAGGAUGUCACACAUUUCGCGGAGGUUUUUGGAACUAUUUUAGCAUGGGCAUGGAUGCACAAGUAUCUUAUGCAUUUCAUUCUGAGCGGAAGUUGCACCCAGAGAAAUUCAAAAAUCAGCUUGUUAAUCAGAAAACAUAUGCAAAGCUUGGAUGUACCCAGGGAUGGUUCUCAGCAUCUCUUGUUCACCCUUCUUCAAGGAAUAUCGCACAACUUGCAAAAGUCAAAAUCAUGAAAAGUACUGGUGAAUGGCAAGACCUUAAUAUACCUUCAUAUAUUAGGUCAAUUGUAUGCCUCAACUUGCCUAGCUUUUCUGGUGGAUUUAAUCCUUGGGGGACACCAAACAAGAAGAAAAUACGUGAUAGAGACUUGACUCCCCCUUAUGUAGAUGACGGCCUGCUUGAGGUUGUUGGUUUUAGAGAUGCAUGGCAUGGGCUUGUAUUGCUUGCACCUAAUGGGCAUGGGACACGCCUUGGACAGGCUCGCCGAAUCAAAUUUGAGUUCCGGAAAGGUGCAGCAAGAGAAACAUUUAUGAGGAUUGAUGGAGAACCUUGGAAACAACCCCUUCCGGUUGAUGAUGACACUGUUGUGGUUGAAAUUUCGGCCUUGGGUCAGGUGAAGAUGCUUGCCGUGGAAAACUGCAAAGCGAAAAGUGUUUAUGAUCCCACAACUCCAGUCCGUCAUGAAGUUGAGGAAGGUGAUAGCAGUGAUGAAGAGGAGGGAAGAAAGUUUGGUGCAGCUGAUACUUUCAGAAUGCCAGAUGAGGUUGAUAUUUCACAUCUUAGUUGAACCUAUGGUUAGAUCGAGUUUAUGUUUGAUUGAUGAACUAUGAACCUAUGUUUAGAUUGAGAUUAUGUUUGAUUGAUGUUACGACUUACAGCUAGUGAACAAUCAUUGACUAGAUCUUGGUUAGACGCAGUCGUUAACUCAUACAGCACAUGUAGAUUUGAUUCAUGCUGUCUUUUGUGUUUCAUUUCAUUGUAAUUAAUAGCAUGCUCUUUACUGGC